UCCCUGCACUAUUGUGAUCACUCGACGCGGAGGUUUCGCAGGUGUGACAUUUUACUGUGUUGCGAUAAAAUAAAGAGCACUUGGUGUACGGUUGAGGAUGCUGCCACCUUUGGUAACAGUAAUUCCAAUCGGGAUAGCCUUGGCAUUUGCCUUCUACUUCUUUCGCCAAAGUUGGCAGCACUGUCCACAGCCUGACUCAGGAUAUCACUCAGGUCAUCACCCUUAUGACUACCCUGAUGACAGCCCUGAUGACAACCCUGAUGACAGCCCUGAUGACAACCCUGAUGACAGACCUGAUGACAGACCUGAUGACAGACCUGAUUACAGACCUGAUGACAACCCUGAUGACAACCAGACUGGCCGAGCUUGUCAUCGCCGUCAUCGCCUAGCGUGGAAGGGGCCCAGACAUCAGCAACGAGUGCGCUGUGUGUUUCGAAAAUGAGGGCAAUAUAGAGUUAUCUCCCUGCUCACACACCAACGUGUGUAUUGACUGUGUGAACAAGAUCAUCACUGACUUGGACCGGAGCUGCCCAUUCUACAGGAGCUACAUUCAGGCAUAUGCCGUGGUUGUCAGCAGCAGAGCACCUAGAUCGACAUGAAGCUUUGUCAGCUGAUUAUGUGCAGACUCGAUUCCCUAUCUGACAAAUUUUACCAUUUUGUUUGGGUUUUUUUUAUAAUUUUUCAUUUUUGAUUCUCCAUAAAUUCAGGUCAUACAGUUCAUAACAUAACGGGUUGGUAUAAUCACGAUUCGCAAAUAUAUACAAAGUCGAUUUACAGGCAAAAUGAAUAGGUACUUGAAAAUGUAAUAGCAGUACAUUAUAUAUAGUGCUAGGUUAACAGAACAGCUUGUGACAUAGUGACCAAAAUUUUGUGAAGCUGUCAUAUUUGCAAUUUGAAUAGGCAUUAAAACGUUCAGCAUAAUA